ACGUGGGGCGGGUCCUCUUGGUGUAGUCCACUUCCUGCUUCUCUGCCCUGGUUUCGACUGAACAGCUGCAUCAGCCCUUUAUCCGACGAAAGACACAAUGUCACAUCAAACAGGCAUUCAAGCGGGUAACGACGUAAAGGAUGCCUUUGCCAAUGCCAAGAGCGGAGACCAAUAUCGGGUCAUAAAGAUUGUAAUUGAGAAUGAGCAGCUGACUGUGGGCGCUACCAAGAAAGCAUCAAAGAAGUGGGACCAGGAGUAUGAUUCUCUCUUGCUGCCCCUCCUCGAGGAUGAGUUGCCCUGCUACAUUCUGUACCGGCUGGACUCCACUAACAACCAGGGUCACGAGUGGGUCUUCCUGUCCUGGUCACCAGACCGCUCUAAUGUGCGACAUAAAAUGUUAUAUGCUGCUACCAGAGCCACCGUGAAGAAAGAGUUUGGAGGCGGACACAUCAAGAACGAAAUUUUCGCCACCCUAAAGGAAGAAAUGAGUCUCAGCGGAUACAGGAAAUAUCUGACUUCGCAGGCUGCUCCCCUGCCCCUCACUGCUGCAGAGGAGGAACUGAGACAGAUUAGACUAAACGAGGUGCAGACGGACAUCGGCGUGGACACCAAGCAGCAGACUCUGCAGGGAGUGGCCUUCCCUCUUCACGGAGAGGCUGUUGCAGCGCUUGAACGCUUUAGGGACAAAAGAAUCAAUUACGUACAACUGCAAGUAGACCUUGAGCAGGAGCUGAUUCGGUUGUGCAACACUGAGCCAACAGAGUUGAAAGACCUGCCAAUGAGAAUCCCUAAAGAAUCUCCACGUUACCACUUCUUCCUCUAUAAACAUUCCCACGAAGGCGACUACUUGGAGUCCACAGUCUUCAUUUAUUCUAUGCCCGGGUACAAUUGUAGCAUCCGAGAGAGGAUGCUGUAUUCCAGCUGCAAAGGCCCCUUGGUUGACAUGGUGGAAAACAAUCUCCAGAUUGAGAUUGAGAAAAAGUUGGAGAUUGACAAUGGGGAUGAAUUGACCAGUGAUUUCCUGUACGAGGAGGUGCAUCCCAAGCAGCAUGUACACAAGCAGGCCUUCGCCAAGCCUAAAGGCCCCCAAGGGAAGAGGGGUAUCCGCCGCAUCACCCGAGCACCCGCAGAUGGAGAAGAGGAGGAUUAAACAGACCUCAGCAUCAAAACCACCACAUCCACCCCGAGCACGUUCCACAGUGGAACAUUCCAGCGAUGGGGAAAAUCAUAUUUGACACGCUUGUUUAAAAGAAUAAGACAACAACUUUAAAUUCCCACAAAGUUCACCAGAGACCCAACUAUGCACGCCAAGGACAACUGAGCAAUGACACAUUUCAGAAUUUCCAUUUGUAGCUCGCCAAAUGGAAGCAUAUUUAUGUAUGUUAGUACAGUCAUAACGAUGAAUUUACAAUGAUUCAAAGAUGCCCAAACAAAGUGAAGCUUAAGGUUUUUACAUUGUUGCCAGCUCUGAGACUUUAAAAGUGUCGGUGUGACUAAUGUGAACUUGCGCCAAUAUGAUAAAAAAUUCCCUCAUUUUGAGUUCACAUGCUCAAAUUCUUAACUUGCAUUCCUUUAAGUCUGUGUCGAUUAAUGUUUCCGUGUCUAAUGUGUUGAACAUUUGUGUCCUACUGUCUGCACAAUGA